AUGGCUUUAUUUUAUCUUGGUUGGGAUUUGUUGGCAUUGGAGGAAAGGUUUAAAAUAUGGGAAAGGGGUAUAGAGAGAAGAAUUUUAAGGGACUCUCAAAAUCCUUAUGAUCUUCCAAGAAAUGAGUUUUUGAAUAUGUUUCGAGAUAGUCCAGAAUUAGCUAUGGACUUAACUAAUGAAAUUCGUGACCAACUUCAACGAGAACGCAGUACAUAA